AUGAAGAAGGGGGGGGUGGUCGGAGACGGCAAGGGGGGCGGCCGGGACGCCGCCGCCGCCGCCGCCGCCGCCACCGGCCCGAACGGAGGGGCGAGCGGGGCGGAAGACAGCGACUCGUCGAGGGGGUCGACCAGGCCAAAGAGGAGGAGGAGGCAGCCGUGGCUCCGGGGGCUCUUCACUGUUUUCCUGGUCGUGGAGGCGUUGGUGCUGUACGCCGUGAACGAGUACAGCCCGGUGUACGACUUCGAGGUCUUGUCGGUCACGACCACUGCCGAGGACGGCACGACUACGGUGGUAGGCGACAACCCUGACCUGUCGUUUCCGCUGUCGCUCGCGGGGGAGAAGUGCGGGGUGUCGGACAUGGCGGCGUGCGUGACGGAGGAGCCUACUCCUGCAGCGCUGUCGACGGUGUGCUGCACGGAACUGCUGGACCCGGACAGCGCGGGGCCCGACGAGUUGAUAUCGUCGGUUGUGGCGUUCUGCUACGUUGUCGUUAUUCCGGGGUUGAUUUUGUUGGUAAGAGGGUUGCUGCUAGGCAGGAUGUGGACCCUGAGACCAACGAGAGGGCUUCCCUGUCUCACGCGAGACCAAAGCAAGGCCGCUUGGGGGAAGAAGCGAUGGCACCUAAGGGUUGGGUUCUUCGCUCUCGACGCGUUUCUCGGCCUCUUCGCAGCGGUGGUUACGGCGUCUCUCUUCUCGACUGUAGCUAAGGGGACCGGCGGGGGGGCAAAAACCAACUACUACGCUCUACUGUUCUACACGGAACACACGCUAAACGGGCAGGACUACCAUCAUUGGUCGAUCACGAGCUGGCCAUCCGGUCACGCGGCAACGGCGAUGUCGGGGCUUGUUUUCCUCGCCUACGUGCUCUGGAGCGACCUGGUCGCCCUCGUCAUGUGGCGUCGGCGUGCGCACCCCAGGCUAUCGCUGGUGCUGGUAAUGCUGGGCGGCUUUGUUGUGGCUCUGCUCCCGAUGUCGGCCAUCCUCAUCGGCGUUACGCGGAUUCGAGAAUACUGGCAUCGACCGGAUGACGUCCUAGUCGGUUUCAUCAUGGGCUUCGCGGCGGCGCACUGGGCCUUCCACUUCGCCGUGCUCUUGCCCUUCCGUCACGAGAUCGGCUCGCCCGAGUGGAAGAUGAACCCCAAGUGGCUGGACGAGGAGGAGCAGCGGUGGGAGGAGGAGGACGAGGAGCUCCGGCUGUGCGGGUGGAGGAGGAGGCGAGCCAGACUGAAGGAGGGGGGCUCGCGGACGGGCGCGUCUUCUUCGGCGGGGGGGGAUGUGGCGAAGGGGCCAUCUUUGCAGGCGGUGCCCCCUGCACGUGUCGCCGAGGCAGACGAUUCCGCUAGAAAGCUAGACCUGUACGCGUAG